AUGGGUGUAAAAAAACUUGCCCUAAUCAUCUGUCUUCCGUUGUUGGCAUUUUUCAUAAUACUAGCCAUUGUAAUAUGCUGUUGUUUACGCUCACGACGACGUAAUGUGAAACGCACUACGCAUAAUACAGCGCCAAACGCAAUGUCGAAUCAUGUCCCACGAUCGCAGCCAACAGGAACCACUGAUUUUACCAGUCCUUAUGCAUUACAAACUCCAUAUCCAGUAGGAUCAUCACAAGGUGGAAUGCCAACGGCAACAAUACCAACUGCAGCAGCUACUAUUGGCGAUCAACCACCGCCUUAUCCCGACUCUUCUGCUCCCCCCCUGGGGCCACCAGCACCACCACCAGAUUAUUAUUCGAAAAUGGGGGGUUCUAGAUGA